AUGCAAACUUUAACAGCUGAACUGAGAAAGGACAUUCAAGAGAUUGGAAACCGCGCAGCCCACCUAGAGACAAGGGUGGAUGAACAUUCUGCAGCACAUAAUUGCCUAGCUUACAAGCUGCAGGAAUUAACCAGCAAUAUGGAAAAGCAGAGCAAUAAACUGGCAGACCUGGAAGACAGGUUACGCAGAAAUAAUCUGCGAUUUAGGGGCAUUCCUGAAAAAGUAGGCAACAAUGACUUGGACAGAUACCUGCAAGAGGUAUUUCUCCAGUUAACCCCUGAACUACAUCCCGAUCAAUUGAUCAUUGAUAGGGCUCACCGCCUCAGGAGACCUGCCCACUUACCUACAUCCUCCACAAGAGACGUCAUAGCCAGAAUACACUUCUUCCACGCCAAAGAGCGGAUACUCCGAGCCACCAGGAAUGCAGAGCUGCCUGACAAAUUCCGUGACAUCAAGAUCUUCUCAGACCUUUUGGCAGAAACCCUGCAAUUCCGCAAAUCGCUAGCCCACAUCACCACAGCUCUACGCGGCAAGGUUUAA